UAGGAGGAAUUAGAGGCUGGGGAAGAAAUUGCAACCUGUCCUAGCUGUUCGUUGAUAAUUAAAGUGAUUUACGAUAAGGAUCUAUUCGUUGAAAAUCGGGAAAAAGAGGAGGAACAAGUUGCUGAGACUAAGAAGGAAAAAGUAGUUCAAUAAGAAUGGCGGGGAGGGGAAGAGGACGUGGGGGUGGCCCCUCAUUCAACAGAGAAAUCAGUGAGCGUAUGGGAAUAGCUCCAGGAAGUAGUGAAACACCUGUUGAAUCUGUACUUGAGCCGCCACCUUUGUUCCCUCCUCUGGAAAGUAGACCUGUUCCCUUGGAAUUAGGAGUUGAGGGUGAAUAUCUCUUGGCUCUGAAGAGGGACUUUGUCGGCUACUUCCAUGACUCCCCUUCUUUUAUCCAAAAUGUUGUUGUAAAGUCUGACAACAUUCAAAGAUACUCAGACCGCUACCAAAAUGCCACACUAUCUUUGAAGACAGUUGCAGAUAUAGUGCGUGAUUGGAGUCACUUUCCCACUGAAUUAAGAGACAAUGUAAAGCCUCAGAAAAUUAAAAGAAAGCUUAAGGGCUCUACAAGAAGAGCUAAAAUUCCUAAGAAAACUGAAGACAUUACAAAUAGACUAGAGGAACUUGAAAAACGUGAGGAAGAAGGAAGUGAUGCAGAAGGUGAAACUGAAGGAAAAGAGACUGAAGGAGCAAAAGAUGAAAACAAAGAGAAUAAGGAUGCAGAUUCUGAUGCUGAAGAGGUGGAGGAAGAAGAUGUUGAUGAAGAAAUGGAUGAUGGGACUGAUUACAUCAAUAAUUACUUUGAUAAUGGUGAAGAGUACCUUGAUGAAGAAGAUGACAAUUUAGAAGAUGGUCCAGUAUACUAGAUGUACUCCUUGUGUUAAGAAAAAUAAAGGAUGUUGUCACAGUUUUUCA